AAACGCCUCGCUCUUUACCGCAAGAGAGGUUGCUACCAACAAGAGUGAGCGGAAAAACGGUGCCUCGGGGAAGUAGUGGAACGUGUUUGGAAGCGAAUAUUGGACGCUGCAUGCAACAAAGAAACACGCCGGCGGAUUAUCGCUUUAAAAAAAAAAGUCUACUCCUUAGAAAACUCUCCCUUAAAUCACCUUGUGCACCCACAUCUCCCCCUUCAGUAUGACUCGACUCCGGUUUAAAGAUGCCUUUUGGUGUCCAGAGUUCACCAGUUACGUUGGGCACGAGGUUUUACUGGAGCGGUUACGGGAAGGCCGAAAGAUCUGCAAGGACAUGGAGGAACUUCUGAAACUGAGGGCAAUGGCGGAAGAAAAGUACGGAAAGGAGUUGAUGAAUAUUGCACGCAAGGCCGGGGGCCAAAUGGAGCUAAAUACCCUACGACUGGCCUUUGACAGCCUAAAGCAACAGCUGGAAAAUAUCGGAAACCUACACAUUCAGCUGGGGGCUGAGCUAAAGGAGGAGGCCAGGCGACUGGAGGAAUUCCGAGAGAGGCAGAAGGAGACACGGAAGAAGUUUGAAAAUUGCAUGGAACGUGUGCAGAAGAGCAAAGUAACGUUAUACAAGAAGACUAUAGAGUCAAAGAAAUACUACGAGCAGAAGUGCAGAGAGGCCGACGAGGCAGAGCAAAGUUCGGACCGUGCAAAUGCCGCAGGAAACCCGAAGCAAGUUGAAAAGUGUCAGAACAAGGUCAGGCAGUCCCACGAGUCGGCAGGAGAUGCAGAGCAAGUUUAUCAACAGAAUAUCGACCAACUAGACAAGGUUCGACAAGAAUGGGAACAAGAACACAUCAAAACUUGUGAGGCCUUUCACCAGCAGGAGUGUGACCGGAUCAAUAACCUGAGGAACUCGUUGUGGGUUCAUUGCAACCAACUCUCCAUGCAGUGUGUGAAGGACGAUGAGCUGUACGAGGAGACGAGGAAGGUUCUGGAGAUGUGCGACAUCGAUGCAGAUAUAGAUUGCUUCAUUCAGAAGAAGAUGACUGGGUUGACUCCUCCUGCUCCCAUUGAGUAUGAGAACUACUACAACAAACUAUCUGCGGGCGAUAAUAGCACCAUGAGCUCUUCCAGGAACGGUGGAAUUAUGAAAAGAUACUGUCCUAACUUUUUGCAUUUGCCCUACAGGAUUACUAACCUUUUGCCCAGCCACAAUUCCAAAUCCAGCAGCAACAACUCAGUCAGUGCCACUGCACCACCCCUUGUAGCAGAAGAAUUGUACGCCAGUGUUGCUGUUGCACAGGAGGAGACCCCAAACAACUACAGAGUGCUCUACGACUACUCCGCCCAGAAUAGCGACGAGUUGGACAUUGCCGCCGACGACAUUAUCCAGAUCACCGCCGAGAGUGAAGACGGGUGGUGGACAGCAAGCCGGAACGGGCUGAGUGGCCUCGUCCCCAGCACCUACUUGGAGAAAGCCUGAGCUCCGAGGACAGCGCAAAUCCAUCUGCACGUCGAUUGAAGAACAGGGAAACUUGUUGUAGCGGUCAAUGGUGGCCGCCUGCUGCUUUGUUUUAACGUUUACGUGAGGUGAUUGGUUACAUGUGGUUGAUAGUCACACAUUGUAGAUUUAUCACUUGUAGGCCAGUAACUUAGACAAUAGACAAUAGGUGCAGGAGUAGUCCUUCAAGCCAGCACCGCCAUUCAAUGUGAUCAUGGCUGAUCAUCCCCAAUCAGUACCCCGUUCCUGCCUUUUCCCCCCAUCUCCCCUGACUCCACUAUCUUUAAGAGCCCUAUCUAGCUCUCUCUUGAAAGCAUCCAGAGAACCUGCCUCCAUCGCACUCCGAGGCAGAGAGCGCGUACAAGUUUCUGCAGAAGUAUAAUAUGCGUUCCUGUGGGACGGGAAUAACUUAUUCCUACACAUCUCGGAAUUAAGUUCUUGCACUAAUGAACUCCUGGAAUUAUGUGGCAUUCUGUUCUUCUUCCUGUAUUGUAUUGUAUUCAAAUUUAUUGGCAUUGUCUCAAUUAGAGACAACGAAAUGAAUUUCCCUUCACAGUCAGUAUCAUAAAAAUAAAUUAAAUAAUAAAUAUUAAAACAUAUUAAAAAAAAUAAAAUAGAAUUAAAAAAAAAAAAAAAAAAAGCAC